AUGGGGGUCGCUGUGAGGGCGCUGCUGCUGUGCCUGGCGCUGCUGGUCCCCUCCGCAGCCCGGCCGAGCCAGGGCACAGCGGGGGAAGGGCUUUCCCCGGCCCUCCGCCCGCAGCAGGGUCAGCCCGAGGAGCUGGGACACGGCCGGGAGCAGGGAGAGAGAGCGACCGGGGGCAGAGGCGGCCGCAGCUCCGCGGCAGCACCGGCGCUGGGGGCUGCGACUCGCCUCUGGGCUGAGGCUGAGGCUGCAAAGUGCCUCCGAGGGAUGGCUGAGGAAGGGCCCCUGGGCUCCGUGCUGCAGCCCUGGCCCCUCGGGGGGCUGGAGGGGCCGGUGUGCAGGGUGAGGAUGGACCGGGACGGGCUGAGCCUGAGGCACAUGGACGUGGUCGGUGUCCUCGGCCACUACGAAAGCGGCUUCAUCAAGCGGCUGAGACAGAGAGCCCGCUGGGACCAAAGCUCUCUGGAGACCUUUGGGCUGUGCCCAGGGGGGCAGCUGGGUGCUGCCCAUCCCCUGCAGCAGAUCCACGCUCAUGUGCUGGAGCCAGGGCAGCCCCGGGAGAGAUUCCUCGUGCUGCAUCUGGAGGAAGUGCGGUGGGAAGCUCAGGUGAAGCUGAGGUUCCAGCUGCCUUUCCAGCCCGAGCUGGGCCGGGCUCUGGGCGAGCUCCGGGCCGCGCUGCUGCUGUUCUACGCGGGUCGUGGCGCGGGGCCGGGCCCGCGGGAGCUGGAGACCACCGGCCCCGGGCUGGCGCGGCCGCAGAGCCUCUGCCUCAGCAGGGACACCCGGUACCUGGCCCUGGGAGCCGCCGUGGCGUCCGUCAGCCGCGGCUCGGAGCGGCUCAGCUUCGAGGCCUCGCUGUCCAUCCGGCACCGCGGGCCCGCGGGUGCCCUCCUGUCCUCCACCGAGACCCAACAGCUCCUGUUUGGCUCUGACGACAAGUGCUUCACCAGGAUGACCCCUGUGCUGCUCCUGCUGGCCAAGGCUCCGCAGGAAGAGGUGGCUUUGGCUCCUUCUUCCUACCUCUCUGCUGACGGGAUGGUGGAAACAGCUCCGUACCCACAGCUCAGCCCACCCCAGGCCGAGGCUGAGGAGCUGCCGUUCCCCACCGCCCUGAGCCAGACCAACGCCUCGUCCCCGGUGCCCGGUGGCACCAGCCAGUUCCUGAGCGUCCUGACCCUGUUCAUCCGCCGGGUCCUGAACUCCUCCAGCGAGCCCCCCACCCAGCCCAGCGCCCAGCACUGGCUGGACUUCCAGCUGAUGGAGACCCUCCCUCACCAGCUGCUCAACCUGUCGGAGGAGGCUGCUCUGGAGCGCCUGGUGCGGUCGGAGGAGCCGUCGGUGCUGCUCUUCCCUCAGGACAGCGGAGCCGAGCUGGAGCAGCACCUGGGGGGUUGGCAGCCCGAGGGCACCGUGCUGCAGCUGCUGACGCUCAAGCUGCGGGCGGUGAUCCAGGAGCUGAAGGACAUCCCGGCUUUCCGAGCCAACGCGGGCCUUUUCCAGCAGCUCCUGAGCUUCUGUGACCACCCCACGAGCGCGGGCGAGGGCGAGGGCCGGGGCCCCGGGAAGCUGCGCACGCUGCUGCUGCUGAAGGCGCUGCAGACGGUGCGGGCGCAGUGGCAGGAGCGGCGCAAGGCGCAGCGGCAGCAGCGCAGCGCCCGGCACCAGGCCCACUGCCGCCUGCACGAGCUCACCAUCGACCUGCGCGACCGCAACUUCGUCGUCAUGCCCACGGUCUACGCGGCCAACAACUGCGAGGGGCCCUGCAAGCUGCCCCUGUCCACGCGGGUGCACGGCUACUACUCGCACACCGUGCUGCUGCUGGGCAUGCAGGAGCGGGGCUCGGCCCUGCGGCGCCCCCCGUGCUGCGUCCCCGUCCGCUACUCGGAUCAGCUCAUCAUCAGCCUCUCGGCCGAAGGGCUGGAGGUCCGCAAGUUCCCCAACAUGGUGGCAGAGGAGUGUGGCUGCCGGUAG